UCAACACACAUUCACAAACUAGCCGUUCCCACUUCGCAGCUGUCCUAAACCAAAAAAAACCCAUUUCAUUUCUAGAGAGAGAAACCAAAAAAAACUCACUCUCUCAAACAAAGAAAAAAAAAUACCCUUCAACCAAACAAGCCACAAACUCACAAACAAAAACCCCCCACAAAAAAUAAAAUAAAAAUGGCCGACACUAAAAAACUACUUACAAUGAUAACCAUAGGAUUACUCCUAGCUUUAAUCUCAACCGUUGAAAGUGGGUCUAACUUUGAUCCAACGGUGAUGGGACUAUUCACAUCUGGAUCUGGAUGUAAAGGUUCUGUUGGGGAGUGUUUGGGUGUUGAUGAAGAUGAAUUUGAAAUGGAUUCAGAAAUCAACAGGCGUAUUUUAGCAACAAGUAACUAUAUUAGCUAUGCUGCGCUUAAUAGGAACAGAGUACCAUGUUCAAGACGUGGAGCUUCUUAUUAUAAUUGUCGUCCAGGUGCUUCGGCUAACCCUUACUCUCGUGGUUGCAGUGCUAUCUCUCGUUGCGCAAGACGUUAGAAUUUUUUUUUAUUUUUUUUGUUAUUAUUGUUAUUAUUAUUAUUAUUAUUACCCCAUUUCUUAAAUUUUCUUAAAAAAAAAAGGUGAAAAAAAAGGAAAUUUGUAAGUUUAUUUUUUUUUAUUUUUAAAUAUUAUGAUUUGGGGUUUGUUUGGUAUACAUGGAUAAAAAGGAUGUUGAUUGAUUGUCAUAAUUUUUUUUUUUUGAGUGUUGGUUGUAUCAUAUAAGAAUUAUUUUUUAGCUAUUCUUUUUUAUUUUCUA